CAUAACAAGAGGAGAGAGGACAUCACAAACUCCUUACUAUUGCAUACUCCAUCUAUCAUUGUCCUAAAAGGGAUUACACAUCCAUUUCCUUAAAGUAAUGGCAUCAUCUUCUUCCAAAGUCUCUCAAAUGAACAUUGGAUACUCUCCAACCACUUUAACAUCAAAUUGUGGGAUUGAACCCUUAACUGGCACUAACUUUGCAUCAUGGAGAGACAAUGUAAGACUGACUCUUGGAGUUAUGGAUCUUGAUUAUGCCCUAAGACAUGAUCCUCCUGCUGCACUCACUGCUGAAAGUACUCAAGAGCAUAAACGAUUGCAUGAACAGUGGGAGAGAUCAAAUCGCAUGUCUCUUAUGAUCAUAAAGAAUUCCAUUUCGGUUGCCAUUCGUGGAGCCAUUCCGGAUUCAGAUAAUGCGAAAACUUACUUGGACUCCGUAGAGGAGCAAUUCAAGGGCACCUCCAAGGCUCAUGCGAGUACGUUAAUCUUGCAAAUGUUGACAAAGAAAUAUGAUGGUGUGAGUGGUGUGCGUGAGCACAUUAUGAUGAUGAGUGACAUGGCUAACAAACUUAAGAGCAUGGGUAUGGAGAUUAGUGAGGGCUUCUUAGUCCACUUCAUUAUGACCUCCUUGCCCGCACAAUUUGGUCCUUUUAAAAUUAACUAUAACACUCAAAAGGAAAAAUGGAAAAUGAGUGAGUUAAUUGCAAUGUGUGUACAAGAGGAGGAGCGCCUCAAAGUGGAAAGGCCUGAUGUCGCUUAUCUCACAACCACAAACACUAGCAAGAGAAAGGGCAAGUUCAAGACUGGUGAAAGCUCAAAGGUCCACAAAACUGGUACAAGUGCGCUCGCAGGCUCAACCAAUGCCAAUGGUCCUCCUCGUUGUAAAUUUUGCCAUAAGAAAGGGCAUUUUCAACGAGAGUGCUCUAAGUUCAAGGAAUGGUUAGCCAAGAAAGGUACACAUCUAUUUAUGAUUUAUGAGUCCUUUAAUAUAAGUGUUCCGAUAAACACAUGGUGGAUUGAUUCUGGUUCUAUGGUUCAUGUGACAAACUCCUUACAGGGAUUCCAUACAAUCUGGAGGUUGGAAAGAAACCAAAGGACCAUUAAAAUCGGGAAUGGUGAAGACCUCAAUGUUGAAGCUGUUGGUACCUUACCUUUAGUAUUGGAAGGUGGCUUCUGCAUGUAUUUAUAUGACACAUUAUAUGUACCGAGCAUUACUCGGAAUUUAGUAUCUGUACCUAAGUUAAACAAUAAUGGCUAUGUAUUAACUUUUAAUAAUGGUAAAGUUACUAUAUGCAAAGAUUCCG